AUGCUUGUAAUUUCCGAGCCUCAAAUGCGACAGUUGCUCAAUCGUUUAACAGCAACAAAAUGCCGCCAUAUGAUCGACGAACUGUCUAGCGGCUUACGAACCUUUACUGGCGAGCAUCGACUUCCCCUUCCACAGCGGACGAUUCAUCAGCCUAUGCGAACGCAUUUUACUAAUCAAAGCGGCGACCGCAACCUAUUUAUGCCUUCAACAGAUGGCAUUCUCUCCACUAUCAAGCUAUUGACCGUUCCGGGAAAUGGUGACCCCGCUCGGGGUCUUGUGGUGGUAUCCAAGGCAGACGGACGCCCUUUGGGAUUGAUCAGCGCUGGGCCUCUCACAGCGUUUCGCACAGCUCUGGCGACGAUGACUAUGUUUGUACGUUCUCCAUUGCCAAAGGAGAAUAUCACGAUCUUUGGUGCUGGGCCAGUUGCUGCAUGGCAUGGUCGCCUGGCAGUACUGCUAUACCCAGACGAGGUUAAACGUGUGACAUUCGUUGGCCGGAAUCCUUCCCGUCUACGGCGCUUCACGCGAUCUGCUACAUAUGGGCUGCAGCAGUUAUCCUCGAAUGUAUCAGUGGACUCUUUAUCACACAAUGACCCUGAGCUGUACCCCAAUAAGCUACAGCAGCUUGUCUCCACAUCAGAUGCCCUAUUCUGCUGCACGCCAUCGACCGAACCGCUAUUCCCGCAUCGAUAUUUGCAAGCAGAAGAGUGUGAUCAAGAAUCUAAGCAAAGGUUUAUUUCGCUCGUGGGCUCACACAAGCCUGACAUGCAGGAAGUUGAAAGCGAAACACUACUUUCUGGUGGUGGAAAGGUCUAUGUCGAUACUAAAGAGGGAUGCCUAGCUGAGGCUGGAGAGAUCGUCAAAGCCAAGCUGGAAGAGGGAGAUCUGACUGAAAUUGGCGAGGUGUUCCAGCCAGGGGCAAAUAUCGAUGUAGAGAAGCACUGUAACAUUGUCUACAAGAGUGUAGGAUUUGGACUGAUGGAUCUGAUUGUUGGAAAGUCGUUACUGGAUGCAGCUAAGGAAGAGGGCCUAGGAACAAGAGUUAAAGGGUUUUAA